CCUCUCUUCCUCUUUUCUUCACCUUGCUUGGUAAGAAACAAGCACUCACCUAUCCAGCUCAGCCAUCAUUAAUUAUAUCUGGUACUGUAACUCAUCCCUCCUAUACAUAGAGUGAAAAGGCUUUGUUUGAUAUGGCACCCAUCAUUGCAUCCAUCAAGAACUUUAUCCGUCACGGCCAUAAGAAGCACAAGAACAGUAAUCUUACAUCUUCUCCCACUACUUCCAUCUCCACUGCCACUGCUACUGCUACUCCUAUUGUUGCUUCUGCUACUCCUAUUGCCACUACCGUUCCAUCCAGUACUAUGCAAUCCCGCGAUUCCGGUACUGCUCUCAACUCUGCAUCCAACUCACCUCCGCCCUCACAUCGUAUCAAGGAAGACAUGAACCACCGUCAACAACAACAUCAACACCAUCACUCUCCUGCACGCACUACCAUUCGGUCUCACUCGGCUCCUAAAAUGUCAACCACAGUCCGUUCCAGGAGCAUAUCUCCUAACCGUGCUGCUGCUGCGGGUGUCGAUAUCUACCCCUGCAGUAAUGAGAUCCAUAAUGGUCAGCGCGAUAAAGAUAUGUCAGCUAUGCGACACUUUAAUGGCACACCUGCCAAUCAUACACAGAAGGUUCAACAACAGCAUGUACAAAAGCAUACACAACAACAGAAGCCUAGCAAAAAUAACAAGCAGACUAAUAACCAUGGAGGUACUACCGCCUUCGGUGUUAAUAGCAACACAGAGACAGCAACAAGGAUGGUUGCCCAGGCGAAUCAACAAAAGAAUAUGUUACCUGUGUAUCCAGGCCUCGAACGAUUCACUUUACUCGAGAAGAUGGGAGAUGGUGCUUUCAGUAAUGUCUUCAAGGCCCAUGAUACAAAGACCGAUCGUAUUGUUGCUGUCAAGGUUGUUCGCAAGUUCGAUAUGAAUGCCCAACAGAACAAGCAUCUUCACCGUGAUAUGAAAAAGAAGCCGCGUGUUACUGAGCGAGCCAAUAUUCUUAAGGAAGUCCAGAUUAUGCGUCAGCUUCAACACCCUAAUAUUGUUCAGUUACACGAGUUCUUCGAAUCAGACGAGUAUUAUUUCCUUGUUUUAGAACUUGCCACUGGUGGAGAGCUCUUCCAUCGUAUUGUCAAGUUGACCUACUUUUCUGAGGACUUGGCACGCCAUGUAAUCAUUCAGGUAGCCCAUGCGAUCCGUUAUCUCCAUGAGGAAAAAGGUGUUGUCCAUCGUGAUAUUAAACCUGAGAACAUCCUAUUCGAGCCUAUCCCUAUCAUUCCAUCGCCUCCAGGCUACAAACCUGAUGAGGAGGACAAAGAGGAUGAGGGCAUCUUCCAACCCGGCAUUGGAGGUGGCGGAAUUGGUCGUGUCAAGAUUGCAGACUUUGGCCUGUCAAAGAUUGUCUGGAACGAGCAAACUAUGACUCCUUGUGGAACCGUCGGAUAUACAGCUCCAGAGAUUGUCAAGGAUGAGCGAUACUCCAAGUCUGUCGAUAUGUGGGCUCUUGGCUGCGUUCUUUAUACCCUCCUUGUUGGUUUCCCACCCUUCUACGAUGAGAGCAUCCAAGCUCUGACUGAAAAGGUUGCUCGCGGACAGUUUACGUUCUUGAGCCCCUGGUGGGACGAAAUAUCUUCUGAAGUCAAGAAUCUUAUCUCUCAUUUGCUCUGUGUAAACCCAAGCGAACGAUAUACGAUCGACCAAUUCUUGGCCCACCCAUGGAUCAAGGCUGGACAACCCGAGCUUCUAAAGGAAGCAACCAACCCUAAUGUGCCACAAAUCAUGGUUGACUCACCAGCACCUGCCCUGGUUGAAAACAAGGUUUUGGCUAAUGUGGCGGCAAUGACUCCUGACUAUAAUGCCCCGAAAACACCAAAGACUCCAUACAAGCGUAGGGCGGAGAACCCAUUAUCACCUGGCAUUGGUCUUCGAGAAGUAUUUGAUGUCUCGAAUGCUGUUCACCGAAUGGGAGAAGAGUCGCGCCGUCGACAUACUCCUCAGCCUUCGGGACUCCAUCCUACGGAUGCUCGUCAGCGCCAGGCAUUUAUGACGCGGCUGAAUGAGGAAGAAGAGAUCGGAUCAGAUGAGUCCGGAUCUAUUUCAGCCACGAGUGAGGAUGAGGCUAUUGCCGCGGGUAUGGAGGAUGUACGUAUCACCGGACACAGACAUUAUAAUCAAGACCCCAACACUUUACACAGACAACAGAAAGAGUACCAGCGCGCCCAAGAGCAAAUUGCAGCUGAGAAGCACCACAAAUACCUACGACAGCAGCAGCAAGCUGGUCAGGCAGUCCCUUCGCAUCUUGUCCCAUCGUCCAUCACUUCAGGUGCUGCACGAUAUCAUCCCACGUCAAAUGUAUAUUCAAGUGGUCGGUCAAGUAAUAUGACUUCAGGAACCUCGAAUAGUACUUCAACUUCCUCAGGGAGCCGUCGCCGUCGCGCCGGAUUCGAGCUGAACAUUGAUCACGCUACAUUACUAAAGCGUCGUGCUAAGCAGAUGCAGCCUCAUCAUCUUACUCAGACUAUUGAAAGUGGAGAUCAGGUGAUGAGGCAACAAGCACCCCCAGUGGCUGUAUGAACUUAAACUAUUUCAACUGCCUCUUGUUGUUUUUUGUUUUUCAAAUUAUGUAUUCUAGUUGUCAAUCUUUUUAGUUUUUUAUCUUGUGCACACGUUUUGUGUCUGUAUUAUAUAUCAUGGAGCUAAUAAAAAAGCG